AAUGAUAAAAUAACACUAACGCAAUUCAAAUAUUCCCAUUCUCUCUCUUUUCCUCGCUCUAUCUGUGACUCUGAAAACUUCCCAAAUUAAACCCUAGUUCGAUCAUCAAAACCAAAUCAACCAUGGGGAACACAGAGAAGCUUCUAAACCAGAUCAUGGAAUUGAAAUUCACGUCGAAAUCGCUACAACGACAAGCAAGAAAGUGUGAAAAGGAAGAGAAAUCGGAGAAAUUGAAGGUGAAGAAAGCGAUCGAAAAAGGUAACAUGGACGGUGCAAGAAUCUACGCUGAAAACGCAAUCAGAAAACGAACAGAGCAGAUGAAUUACCUCCGAUUAUCUUCCCGUUUGGAUGCGGUGGUUGCUCGCCUCGAUACACAGGCUAAGAUGUCGACGAUAAGUAAAUCGAUGGGAAACAUCGUGAAAUCGUUGGAAUCUACACUUGCGACUGGUAAUUUGCAGAAGAUGUCGGAGACGAUGGAUCAGUUCGAGAAGCAGUUCGUGAACAUGGAGGUUCAAGCGGAGUUUAUGGAAAGCGCUAUGGCUGGAUCGACCUCUCUAUCUACACCGGAAGGAGAGGUUAACAGUUUGAUGCAACAGGUUGCCGAUGAUUACGGACUUGAAGUCUCCGUCGGACUUCCUCAGCCAGCUGCUCAUGCCGUUCCGCUUAAGGAGAAAGAUGCCGAGAAGGUUGAUGAGGAUGACUUGUCAAGGCGCCUUGCGGAGCUUAAAGCUAGAGGUUAAUGUUCUUCUUAGUUUCUUGUUGAAGAAUGAAGGUCCACUCUUAGUUAUAAUAUUGUUGCUAUAUUUCUAUUUUUUGCUUUUUAUGAGUGGUUUGUGUAUAUUUAACUGAAUUUGGAUGGUUCGCUCUAACAUUAAGAGAUAUUGGUAUUAUGUUGUGUGUAGACUUUGCUUAUAUGUUCAUAUUUGUUUGCUUGUUUAAAUUCUUAUGCUGUA